CAACAAAGAUCCUAUACCGGAUCUUUGGCUGGCAGUAAAGUCACCUGAUAGUGGAGCUUCAACCAAAGAUCAUAUUCCACUCUACGAUCUUUGGCUUCAACUGUUUGCAACUGCUGGGCUGAAACUCGCCAACAACUAUUGGGAACAACGUAUACAGUUCCUUCCUCCACGUCCAGUUGCCGAAGGCUGUGAGCGGCUGUCUCUGAGCGAUGGAGUUUCUGGUUGUGCCUGUCGUGUUGCUGCUUGCCUCUUGCGUGCUGACCCUGGACAACGGCCUAAUGAGGACCCCCCCCAUGGGAUGGCUGGCCUGGGAGCGCUUCCGCUGCAACAUUGACUGCAACGCGGACCCCAAAAACUGCAUCAGUGAGCGCCUAUUCAUGGACAUGGCAGACCGGUUGGCAGAGGACGGCUGGAAGGAGCUUGGGUACCAAUACAUCAACAUAGAUGAUUGCUGGGCAGCAAAGCAGAGGGAUUCUCAGGGGCUGCUGGUGGCCGAUCCUUUCCGAUUCCCCAGUGGAAUUAAAGCUUUGGCUCAAUAUGUCCACUCUAAGGGUUUGAAGCUGGGCAUUUAUGGAGACCUGGGCACGUUCACCUGCGGGGGCUACCCUGGCACCACUCUGGACAUGAUCGACACGGAUGCUCGCACCUUCGCCUCAUGGGGAGUGGACAUGCUGAAGUUGGAUGGAUGCUACUCUAACUCGUCCGAGAAGGCCAUGGGUUAUCCACUGAUGUCGAGGGCAUUGAAUGCCACAGGGCGUCCAAUUGCCUUCUCCUGUAGCUGGCCAGCGUACGAAGGGGGAUUACCGCCUCGGGUGAACUACACUCUGCUGGGGGAGAUCUGCAAUCUGUGGAGGAACUACGAUGAUAUCAGCGACUCGUGGGAGAGUGUCCGGGGCAUCAUCAACUGGUACGGGGCUCACCAAGACAUGCUGCAGCCGGCAGCCGGCCCGGGGAGGUGGAACGACCCAGACAUGUUAAUUAUUGGCAACUUUGGCCUGAGCCACGAGCAGUCCAAGUCGCAGAUGGCUCUCUGGGCCAUUCUCGCUGCUCCCCUCUUCAUGUCCAACGACCUACGGACAAUCUCCAGGCCAGACAUGUACAUCCUACAGAACAAGCUGCUGAUCAGGAUUAGCCAGGAUCCGCUGGCGAUUCAGGGCCGUAUGCUACUGCAGGGUAAGAACGGGAUUCAGGUGUGGAUGCGGCCACUGUCCUCGGCGACCAUGGCCAUCGCUUUCUUCAGCCAGCGCACUGACAUGCCUUACCACUACACCACGUCUCUCAGCCAGCUCAACAUCACUGCUCCAAAGAUAUUCUCGAUGCUGGAUGUUUAUUCGGGCCGGGGCUACCACAACCUGGAAUUUGACAGCAAGUUCACUGUCACCGUCAACCCAAGCGGAGUGGUUAUGCUCUACAUGUAUCCAGGAGAGCAGCAGCAGCAACCGAACAGAAAGGCCGAAGCCUACCCAGUGUUGCUGUGAAGGGGCCUCCAUCACCACGGCAACUGAAGGCCCAAAGCCUGUUGCUGUGAAGGAGCCUCCAUCACCACGGCAACAGAAGGCCCAAAGUCCACCCUCUGCUGCACUGAAGCAGCUUUAAUCGCUAUGGAGGUAUCUGGUCUUCAAUUCCACUUUGGUGUAUUAACUCUUUGAAUGCACAUUUGAUUUGCAAAUUGAGCAUAUUUCAUGCUUUUAUGAUUGGGCUUUUCAGAAGGGGUUGCUAUUCCCUUUUGCCUCUUUUGAUGGUUUAUGUUUAAUUCAGCCUUCCUGUGAUUAUGCUGCUUCUGCUGGUCAAAAGGCUAAGCAGUCAAUUUGGAAUUUCUGCACUAGAUUUCAUGGUCACUGCUGAACAGCGAAUGUUCAGACUCUCAGGUAAAAGUACUCAUCUCUAUAGGGAGGCUAUUCAGCCCAUCUUAGGUCGGACCAACCCCAAUUCCUCCAUACUCAUGUGUAGGAAGGAACUUCACAUGCUGCUUUCAACCAAAGAUAGACACAAAGCUGGAGUAACCUCUGUGGGUCAGACAGCAUCUCUGGCGGAAAGGAAUUGGUGACGUUUCAGGUCGAGACCCUUUUCAGACUGAGAGGAAGUCAGAUGAAGGGUCUCAACCUGAAACGUCACCUAUUCCCUUUUCUCCAGAGACGCUGUCUGACCGGCUGAGGUUACUCCAGCUUUUUGUGCCUAUCCUACCAUCCAGUAAAUGGGUACAAUCAAACCCUGCACAAGUAUAACAGAUGGGGCAAAGAGCAUCAUUAACUCAGUGCAGAAAUUGGUGUUACAGCUGCAGCAAAAAGUACAGAUAAAAAAGCCACUAGACAUGAUGGCGUGAUAGCACAUUGGGCGUUUUUCACUUCACUUAAAGGGUGAUAGCUGUAAGUAUGAGGGAACAUAAUUGCUGUCCUUGAACCAUGCCUAUCCUUGAAGCUGAAGACACAGAAUGUGGGCAAUGGGUCCCUUGAACUGGUAUUGUUUGAAAGAGUUGACUGUUUGUUAACCACACAUGGAUUCUGCACAUUUUUCCAAUUCCAUUAUUUGUCUGGGAAGGAACUGCAGAUGCUGGUUUACACCACGGAUAGACACAAAAUGCUGGAGUAACUCAGCUGGUCAGGCAGCAUCUCUUGAGAAAAAGAAUGGGUGUCUUAUCAUGUCAGAACCCUUCUUCAGACUGAAGAAGGAUUCCGACCCGAAGCAUCAUCUAUUCUUUUUCUCCGGAGGUGCUGCCUGACCCGCUGAGUUACUCCAGCAUUUUGUGUCUAUCCGUGGUGUAAACCAGCAUCUGCAGUUCCUUCCCAGACAAAUAAUUUUGUGUCUACAUUUUUUUUUUAAUCCCAAGUUUCCCAAAACCUCCAGUUGAGGCUAACUCCCGUAUUACAUAAAUCUUCUCUUUACUGAACAAGACCCUGGGAUUAAUUGUGAAUUAUCCCACACCAUUGCAGCCACAUUGUGGUGGUGUUGAAAGAUUAAAUGGUGGUGGGUCGAUUGCCAAAGGGUGAGUUUACAAAGGGAUAGCAAAAAUGAGCUUAUUGUUUUUAAAUCAACUUGUUGCUUCUGUGAAUUUGUAUUUUUCAAUAAAAUGUUACCAUGUUCUGUU